AUGGCGGCGACGCUGCGGCUCCAGAGCGACUGGCACCAGGCGCUGAGGAGGGACGAGGGCGAGGCCUGGCUGAGCUGCCGGAGCCCUGGGAAGCCCACCCUGUACGGCAGCCUGAGGAGCCGUGGGCUCGGCACUGAUGGUGUCCCAGACAUCGCUGCCUCCGAGGGCUUCGUGGUUGGAGAAGUCACCAAGAAAAGCAUCCUCAUUUCUUGUCCUCAUGAAAAUGUCUCCACAAAAUUCCUGGCUCCCUACACAACUUUCUGUAGGAUCCAUCAGAAAAGUGUCACCUGUCUUGAUAUUUCCAGUGGUGGAGGCCUUGGUGUGUCUACCAGCACAGAUGGGACCAUGAAGAUCUGGCAGGCUGCAAAUGGAGAAGUCAGAAGGCUGUUGGAAGGCCAUGUCUAUGAUGUGAAUUGUUGCAGGUUUUUCCCAUCAGGCCUGGUGGUUCUGAGUGGGGGAAUGGAUGCCCAGCUCAAGAUCUGGUCAGCAGAAGAUGCCAGCUGUGUGGUCACCUUCAAAGGUCACAAAAGAGGGAUUUUGGACACUGCCAUUGUGGACAGGGGCAGGAAUGUCCUCUCCUGCUCUCGGGACGGCACCGCUCGGCUGUGGGACUGCGGCAAGUCCACCUGCCUGGGGGUCGUGGCCGACUGCGGCGCUCCGCUCAACGGCGUCGCCGUGGGCACUGCUGACAGCUCCCUCCGCCUGGGCACCCCUCAGGAAGCUCCUAGUGAACGUGAGGUUGGGACAGAAGGGAAGCUCCUGCUGCUGGCUCGAGAAGAUAAGAAGCUCCAGGGAGUGGGACUGCAGAGCAGGCAGCAGGUCUUCCUCUUCAUGGGAUCUGAUGCCUUCAACUGCUGCACAUUCCUCUCGAGUACCUACAUCCUGGCAGGGACUCAGGAUGGGAACAUUUACCAGCUGGAUGUGAGGAACACCAAUGCUCCAAUCCAGGUCAUCCACAGAUCAGGAGCUCCAGUGCUUUCACUGCUCCCAUACCGAGAUGGAUUUGUUGCCAGCCAAGGGGAUGGAACCUGCUUCAUCAUGCAGCAAGACCUCGACCAUGUCCUCGACCUCACAGAAGCUGACUGCGACCCUGUCUACAAGGUAGCUUCUUGGGAGAAGGAAAUUUACACCUGCUGCAGAGAUGGGAUCGUGAGGAGAUACCAACUUGCUGACCUUUAAGUGUCUGUACAAGCCAUAGACUGAAGUGAGGAGAGAGCUCUUCCAAGCUUAUUUUCAUGCUUGAUUUGUUCCUGAGUCU